CACCCCCUAUACUAUAGCUGUUCAUUAUAAGCAAUAGUGCAAAAUCAAAGUUCAGUUCAUUUUAUUGUGUCUUCAAAAGACAAAGUUCUACCCUAGUCUAAUUUCUUUGUUUGGAUUUGGAUUUGAAUUAUACAUAAAAAAUCUCGUUGAGUUUAGAACAUUUACACAAGAUUAUUUCUCAUGGAGUAUGAUGAAUUUGUGUAUGGUGAAAUUUUUGAAAUUUACAUAGUCAACAGUUAUAGUGGAAGCUUUCUUCUAUAUUGAGCUAAUCUGUGGCAAAAUUCAUAAUAAAAUUGACUACUUUCUUGGAGUUUGGCUGCAAGUUGUUAAAAUGGCACAAAGAGUUGAAAUUUUGAGCACUUCUGGUCAUCAUUGAUUUGUGACAGCACGGCUCUACACAUUUACUUUGUCAUAUUUUUUUGUUGGAGGAGUCAAGUUAUGAUUAUUUUCAUGCUAAUUAGUACAAUAGGACCAAUGAUAAAAAAGAGAGUUGGUUUGAAAAUUAAACAAGCUGGUAGAGGUUCAUACAGAGGAAGCUAGGUGUGUUGUGUUGUUUGUUUGAAAAUUAUUGUUGGUUUGUAUUUUGUGUUUCUUCUUUAUUUAACAACAAAGUCCUGGAAAAAGUAGUAGAAGAUGGAAGCUACUUCAAUAACACAAUUGUUGAAGGGCUUUUGUGAUACUAAGCAAUGGCAGUAUGCUGUGUUUUGGAAGCUUGAUCACCUUUCUCCUAUGACUUUAACCUGGGAAAAUGGUUACCAGAAAAGUAAUGAGCCUUUGGGAAGUAUGUGGGGGGACAUCAGUUUCCAAUCCCCAGACGAUGUAUAUUCUUCAAGGAGUGAAGGAUCCGAUGUUUCAGGAGAUUAUUCAGUUCGACUUCUCAUGAUUGAAAUGUCUCAUCGUAAAUACAGUUUGGGAGAAGGGGUUGUUGGCAAAUUAGCUCUUGCCAAGGAUCACUUUUGGGUUUUCUGUGAGGAUAUUUUCACCGGUAAAUUGGACACUAAUUUAAUUCCUGAGUGUUUUGAUGAGUGGCUUCUUCAAUUUGCAUCUGGCAUCAAGACUAUUGUGCUGGUACCAGUUCUUCCACAAGGAGUUUUGCAAUUUGGUUCUUUUGAAGCGGUUGCUGAAGACCUGGAGUUUGUUACCAAUAUCAAGGAGAAAUUCCAUUUCAAUCACUGUUUUGAAGCUAAGACAACACCUUUGCACUUGGGAAUCGAUUAUCAAGAUUGGUCAUUCUCAACUCUAUCGCAUUAUUUAAUGGAUAGCUUGGACGAAUUGUCUUCAGCUAGUACUUCUCUCAAUAUAAAUGAAUCAACAACAUUUCCUCAAGAUAACUAUUGGUUGUCUAGAGAAAAUCAGCUGAAAUAUCUUAAAAGAGCAAAUGAAAAUGAGAUGGUUUCCUCGUCAUUUGAGAUGUCAACUGAUCCAAAACAUAUCGGUCAGGUGGAGACGAAAUCACAUCAUAUGGAAGAAGAGAUAUGGGCUUGGUCUCACUUUGUCGACAAUGAUGGAAAGUUUAAAGAGAUGUCGAAUGGAUUAAGUUCUUACUCUGAGGAUAAUACGACAGAGCUACAAUUUGGAGACGUCGGAACCAGUCAUGUUGAUGUUAAGAAUUUCAAUGACUUCUCAACUGUUCCGUCGGUGUCAGAAUUUCACAAAGCACUAGGAUCUGUUGCAUAUAGACAGAACGGAAAAUGUACAUCGAAAUAUAUCUCUGAUGAGAAUACAUACAGUAGCUCAACUUUAAUAUCCAAUAAAAAGGAGCAUGAUCAUAUUAAAAGUUUUGAGUUUCCUGAAGGAAUUGAUCCCGAAUAUCUCUUGGAUGCUGUUGUUGGCAAUUUAUACAGUACCUCCGAUGAUACUUCAUGUAUAACCAACAAUGUUAGGUCUCUCAUAACAAUGCCAUCAGAGUUUACUGGCUCCAUUCAGCUGAAAAAUAAUUCUGAAGAAAGCACUGCGUUUGUGAAAAAUUCAGACGAUAGAAGUGAUCUUAUGCUUGCGGUACCAGUCAAGGGAAAAGAUAAAUUUACGAAUAGUUUUAUAUCAUCUCUUGAUGGAAGUUCAAGCUUGUUGAUUGAUGAGGCUCCACUUGAAAAGGUUAAUAAUCAUAACGAGCCUAUUAGUGGACCAAAGCUUUCUAGUGCGAGCAAGAAAAGAGCAAGAGUAGGUGAUAAAAAAAAUUCAAGGCCAAGAGAUAGACAAAUGAUUAUGGACAGGAUGAAGGAGUUGAGGGAACUUAUCCCAGAUGGUGGAAGGUGUAGCAUUGACAACCUCUUGGAACGAACCGUAAAGCACAUGAUGUUCUUAAGAAUGAUAACAAAACAGGCUGAAAAACUGAAACGAUUUGCUGAUCGCAAGGUACCUGAGUGGAAAAGGCAGAAAAUAAAUGGCAACCAACCAGGAAGAAGUUGUGCAUUUGACUUUGAAAGUGAACUAUCAUGGCCCAUAGUUAUAGAAGAUCUGGAAUGCUCAGACCACAUGCUCAUAGAGAUGGUAUGCAAUGAGCAUGGACUUUUCUUGGAGAUUGCUCAGGUGAUCCGAAGGCUAGACAUUACAAUCUUGAAAGGGAUUUUAGAAAACCGUUCAAGUACUAGCUGGGCUUGUUUCAUUGUUGAGGUUCCUAGAGGUUUUCACAGGAUGGAUAUUUUAUGUCCUUUACUGCAUCUUUUGCAGCUUAGAAGAAACUGUGUCUCAUAAAAAUCUGACCCUUCAUAUUCUUGUAUCAAGGAAAUGUAGCUUGUCUUCAGUUUUAAAUGACAAGCUUGGUUUCAUACACUAUAGAACUUUAAAUAAUUGUGUAAACGUGAAUGCUACAGAGGUGCUACUGAUUGUAGAACCAAGACCGACUAGCUUUGUAGAAAUUUAAAGUGUGCUAUGAAGAAUAUAUUGCCUUCGAAGGUAGGAAUUAAUGUAGGGGACCAAUAUAAGACAUAUUACCAAUAAAAUUGAGUUCUAUAACAAAAA